AUGGCCCUGCUGCCGCCGCUGGUCGCCUCCCGGGCCCUGGGGCAGUGAGGGCGCCGGCGGGCGUGGGCGCCAUGGAGGGGGUGCUGUACAAGUGGACCAACUAUCUGAGCGGCUGGCAGCCUCGCUGGUUCCUUCUCUGUGGGGGGAUCCUAUCCUACUACGAUUCUCCUGAAGAUGCCUGGAAAGGUUGCAAAGGGAGCAUCCAAAUGGCAGUCUGUGAAAUUCAAGUUCAUUCUGUAGAUAACACGCGCAUGGACCUGAUAAUUCCUGGGGAACAGUAUUUCUACCUGAAGGCCAGAAGCGUGGCUGAGAGACAGCGGUGGCUGGUGGCCCUGGGGUCAGCCAAGGCUUGCCUUACAGACAGUAGGACCCAGAAGGAGAAAGAAUUUGCUGAAAACACUGAAAACUUGAAAACCAAAAUGUCAGAACUAAGACUCUACUGUGACCUCCUUGUUCAGCAAGUAGAUAAAACAAAAGAAGUGACCACAACUGGUGUAUCCAAUUCUGAGGAGGGAGUCGAUGUGGGAACUCUGCUGAAGUCAACCUGCAAUACUUUUCUGAAGACCUUGGAAGAGUGCAUGCAGAUUGCAAAUGCAGCCUUCACCUCUGAGCUGCUCUGUCGCACUCCCCCAGGAUCACCUCAGCUGGCCGUGCUCAAGUCCAGCAAGAUGAAACAUCCUAUUAUACCGAUUCAUAAUUCAUUGGAAAGGCAAACAGAGUUGAACAGUUGUGAAAAUGGAUCUUUAAAUAUGGAAAUAAAUGGUGAUGAAGAAAUCCUACUGAAAAACAAGAGCUCCUUAUGUUUGAAAUCUGCAGAGAUAGACUGUAGUCUGUCAAGCAAAGAAAAUACAGAGGAUAAUAUAACAGUCCAAGGUGAAAUAAUGAAGGAAGAUGCAGAGGAGAACCUGGGGAAUCAUGACGGUGACCUGGCACAGCCUGCAUCCAACUCCUCAGCUUGCUCUCCAGAAUCCCCCUGGGAAGAAGGCCAAGAAGUUAUCCCAACUUUCUUUAGUACCAUGAAUACCAGCUUUAGUGACAUUGAACUUCUGGAAGAUAGUGGCAUUCCCACAGAAGCAUUCUUGGCAUCAUGUUACGCUGUGGUUCCAGUAUUAGACAAACUUGGCCCUACUGUGUUUGCUCCUGUUAAAAUGGAUCUUGUUGGAAAUAUUAAGAAGGUGAAUCAGAAGUACAUAACCAACAAGGAAGAGUUUACCACCCUCCAGAAGAUAGUGCUGCAUGAGGUGGAGGCGGAUGUAGCUCAGGUCAGGAACUCAGCUACUGAAGCCCUCUUGUGGCUGAAGAGAGGUCUCAAAUUUUUGAAGGGAUUUUUGACAGAAGUGAAAAAUGGGGAAAAAGAUAUCCAGACGGCCCUGAAUAACGCGUACGGUAAAACCCUCCGGCAGCACCACGGCUGGGUCGUCCGAGGGGUUUUUGCGUUAGCUCUGAGGGCUGCUCCAUCCUAUGAAGAUUUUGUGGCUGCGUUAACCAUAAAGGAGGGCGAUCACCAGAAGGAAGCUUUCAGUAUCGGGAUGCAGAGGGACCUCAGCCUCUACCUCCCUGCCAUGGAAAAGCAACUGGCCAUCCUGGACACUUUAUACGAGGUCCACGGGCUGGAGUCUGACGAGGUGGUAUGACAGCUGCAGGACAGCACCUCCUAACUUCAGGGAAUAAAGUUUGCUAACGUGUUGCGUUGCUCUACUUAAUUUCCAGCAACAGCUUUAGCCCUCUCCAACCCCUUUCCUUGGGAUGGUGAGGAGGAAGCAAAACCCAGUGUUUUUAUAUGUAACUUUUAAAAAGGCAUAUGUGUUUUGUGUGUUUAUAAAUCAAGGUGCUAUCUAUUUCAGUUCAGUGAACCUACUGGAAACCAAAUCAUAGCUGUUAUAGACAUGAACAGCAAGUUCCAAGAGCAGAUUUGACAAAUGAAUUUGUUGGUGUUGUGAUCAUAAUGUUUUGUUUUAGUUUUUGGUUUUAAUGGACCACUCAGCCCCAAGCUAAAAAUGAGCAAAUUCUGUAGCAAGGACUAUAAUUUGUAGCCAGUGUUUUAACCCAGUUAGAACUGGACUAAACACUUCGAGGGACGUGUAAGCCCUUUUCCUGAAGCAAUUACAGUGUAGAGUCUACUGUUCCUAGACGUUCUUCAGUGGACCCUCUUCUCCGUGGCUCAGUCGGUGAGAAGAGCCUAUGUAAUGAAGCUCUUCAGGGCACUGGCAUGACCCCGUGGUGCGGCAAGUGGAGAAGACUUGGACAAGGACUGCAUCCUUAUUGACAGGUGGGACUGCGGCCCUGAGAUGAGUGGCAUGUCCUGACCGCCAGCUGGAGGACAGGGGGAAGAGGUGGGACAGGUCAGUUGAGGUGACACCUGUCUGGUGCCCACACUUGCCAGCAUGUUCUCCUGUGCAUGAUCUAAUCUGGACAUCACAGUGAAGCCAUGACACCCAAAGAGAUCAGUGCCCCCACUUCGGUCAGAGGUUGAGGGAUCUGCUCACCAUUAGGUAGUCCCUCAGAGAGGAGCCAGGAGAUUCCAGCUGUGACCUGAACCGCCUGCAUGUCAGAUCACAGGGAAUGCUUGUUCAGAGGGCAGAUUCCAGGCCUGUCCAGACCUAAGAACAAAAAUCUGAGUGUGGGGCUCGGAGAGCCGUUUUGAUAAACCUCCCAAGUCAUUCUUAGGCAUACACAGCCUUGAUGAAAUUCUAGUUUACAGAAGCCCCGGUUUUCUAUAAGACCUAAAUGAGGAUUGUCCUUUAUUCAAAGAGGAAGAGGCCAUGAUUUAAAUGAACAGUUGAGUGGAGAGUGAGAAGUGAAGUGAGUUGACUCAGCAGCACUCCUCAUUGAACUAGAGUUGGCACCAGUCAGCAGGCCUGAUGUUGCAUGCAGGGGCCACAGCCCUGGAUCCGCACUCUGAUCAGUCACGGUGUAACGUAAUUACCAAGAGAGCACAGCAAGCUAAAUGCAGCUACUUGUCAGCCUGAAAUACUGUGGGACAAUGCGAGAGUUUAGAGAUGAAACUUAAGUACUCCAUGAAACAACCUUGGGUGGGGUUCUUUCUACAAAGUCGGCGCCUACACUGGGAUCCUGGUCUCCUAGUUGGCUGCUUAGUGGGUGUGCAGGAGAGAAGCCCACAAGUGCCUUCCCUGUUACAGCUCCUUCCUUCUAGAAACAGGAAGGGCAGCUCCAGCAUAACGCAGUCCCGCUGGGUAGACAGUCGGCUCCCUUGAGAAGCACAGGUGAAUCGAGCAGCCUGUGGCUCCUUGGGCAGAGGGAAUCCUCUCCUGGCAGAGGUUCAUGUAGUGAGAGGCACUGGUUUUGUCUUUGGUCUGACUUUAGACAAAUGGCAUUCAUUUUCUUUGAAUUAAUGAAGCCAGGAUUUUAAUCACAUGAGGACCUCUGAGAAUAUU